UGAUUUUCUAUCUCUCGGCACAAGAUUUUCUAUAACAGAAAUAUAGAUAAUUUUUAAGGAAAGUGCAACAAACAUUAAAUCGAUUACACAGUAACGUUACAUUGUGUUUUUUUAUCGUCGUGAUAUAAAGCAGAAAUGACAUCCACAAGUACUGACAUGAUGGAUGAACCUACAAGUAAUGACAGGCAGUAUCAAUGCAUAAUGUGUGAUGCCGUUUGCGAAAAUGAAAUAUCCAUGAUACAACAUUAUUAUAAUUGUCAUACAAAAACUACAUACGCGUGUAAUAAAUGUGAAUACACAUCUUACUUUCUUCAGUGUCUAAAAAAGCAUGUGACAAAAAUGCAUCUCUAUAUCGGCAACUAUUGCGUGAUAUGUGAUAAAGAUUUGUAUUCACAAUACGAAUACAAAUGUCAUGAAAAUGUUCACAAAUGUAUGACGUCAAACAUGUUUAGAUGUGAUAUAUGUAAGUCUAAAACAAAAUAUCUCACAUUUGGUCAUCUGAUAGAUCAUCACAAACAGAAGCAUUUUAAAUAA